AUGGCGUCGGGAAAGAAGCGUAGCUGGGUGAAGAAAGCCUGGGAACGACUUAAGGGGGGUAGUCAAAAAGGUAGAUCAUACCGACCUUGCACCUUGGAGAUCUUAACUGACCACAAGUCAUCGUAUUCAGCCGCGACCCAGUCACCCGAUCAAGACGACUCCGAGAUUCUCCCAGCAAGCCAGCAGAACCAGGCGGAUCGGCCAUCCGGAUCCCGAGCAAGCUCUCACGUCAAGGAGCGUUUCCUAUCUCAAGGAUUUUCCGGCUCCAGCAACAACCGCGAUAGAAAGUGA